GUUCUUCACUGAUUUGAACUGCUGCGGAUUUAUACAUCUAUGUAUACAAUGGGAAAAAUAAAAUUUGGCAAGGCGUUCACGAUUGUCCUUAACCGCGGACUGUCCUGGGCCUAUCAUGAGAUCCUUACCGAGGCCAUGUUCGUGCUGUGGAUUGGGUGUCAUCUUUCCGUGAAAUUUGGUACGCGUUUGUUUCCGGCAUGGGGACCUACGCGAAUCGAUCCGGACAAGUACACCAAUUUGGACCAACUUCUGCGGCUGUUACUUCGCCAGGAUAUGAACAGCUGCGUGUGGGAUGAUCUGAUCUCCCCUUGGAAGCCUUCAAUGUCCCAAGCUGCCAUCACUGCGUCUGUGACCAGCACAACGCGAGGCAAUGCCGGCUACAUCGGAGCCUUCGCUACCGUCUUCGUAAGCGUGCUGGUGUUCGUCUCUGUCGUUUGUUCCGCUUGGGCUAACCGCCACUGGAAAAUUCCUCGCUGGACGCAACACCUCCGCAACUGUCGCCGAAUUACGACUUGGUUUGGAUACAAUGCGACCUACGACGGCGAGGACUACGAACAGAACCCGGAUACACCACGGUGGCGCUUUAACGUUCUUACUGCCUUUCUAACCGGGGCCGGGAUGUCCGUGUUCGUGGCGUUGUGGCUUGUCUUCUGCGCUUUGCCAGUGGUGAUUGUGACGGGACUGAUCGUUGCCUACAUCGGCCGAAACUGUACCGAAGAAGCAUUGUUUCCCACGACUGUUGUGUGGUUCUGUGCGCUGGCUGUGUACUGCAUCGGCAGGAUUUGGGGAUUAUGGAUGAACAAGACGUAUUUUAUGCAGUUGCAUGAGAUAAUCAGGAAUACCGUGGGAGUGCGGCUCAUGGUACAGCCUUUUGCGGCCAACCAGUCGCAGCAAGUCGCUCACAGGACGGAAACACCCACCUCCCAGCUGUCGAACGUUAAGCGCUCGACAUGGCUAUCCACCUUCAUCUUGGUAGCGUUUCCGGCUGUUCUCUUCUUGGCUUACAACUGCCUGCAUCUGCUGAAUUCACUUCCGGAUUUUGUUGGUUGGAUGAAUUCCUUCACUCUUUUUUUAUCGAACAGUAAGCAGGACGGAUUGAUAUCUGUUCCGGAAACGACGGGAGGCCCAAGCACGACGUUUAGCUACUGGACAUACGUCAACUGCACCGAAUGCUGUGACAUUGACGGAACGGGAAUGAGCCACUCAAGUGCGAUGCUGUCGUACUAUGUGGAUCUGCAGUAUCCUCGUUCGCAUACCGAUAAUCCCGUCAUUAUGGAGCUGAUAAACACAGUCGUCUCGCCGGUGACUGAACGUUUCUAUGUGCUAUGGAUUGGUUUAGUUGCGGGGGUGUACUUCCUGCCGGCGCUUAUACUAGGGCUGGCGGAAGCGGCAUUUGUUUUAGGGUUAUGCUGCUAUGGUCUCAUCAAUUUGCUGCGCAGUAUUAACCAGCGCAUCCGGUCCCCAGCGACCGGCUGCAGGGGAUCCAACAUUCCUUAUAACAGGCUUGUGGCUACAAACGUUUUUGGUGACACUGCUCAAAAACCCCAAGAGACUUUAAACGACAGUAAACGAUCUGGAAGGAACGAUCGGGAAGGCAACAAAGAGGAAACGACUGCCCCUGUUAAAUCAACUAACCAGACCAGAAAGUUACCGUUCUGCGUGUGCGCUCUGUGGGUGGACCUAGAAUGCUGCAUCCUGGUGGAAUUUUCGCGCGUGAUGUUCUGGAUGUUCCUCCCGUUUCCGGUGCUGGGUUUGAUUGUCCCAGAACAGUUCCAGUUGCCGGCUUUGCUGCUGCUGAUGAGCGUAGUCGAAGUGGGCAUCGGCUAUUGGCUGUGGAAAGGAAUGUGUAUUUACUGGGGCAAAUUUCGCGCAUAUUGUGGCGAUCGCACUCGUCACAAGGAGGUUGCACAGGAAGAUGAUGGUACACAGCUGCUCACAUCGUGCUGAUCGCCCUGUAACUCUGCCUCAUUAACGAAUGACUCCUUUGAGCUGGCUAAAUCAGUCAUACGUUGUUUACUUGGUCACAAAAGUUUCCCAUAAAUCCCGCGUAAUUUACGAUGUGCCAAGAAGAAUUGGUCGCUACCGUAUAUGCAAAUGCUUGCGUGAGUACGUGCUUUUUCUGAUUUGCGUCAUUGUUAUAAUUACAUUAUUGAAACUGUUGCUUUAGUUCUUCUAAAUAUGUUACGUCUACG